AUGGCUGCCCGACAAUCAACGCCGUCUUCCGACCACUCUCACUCUUCCGAUGGUGUUCGCAAGCGCGUAUGUAAAGCUUGCGAUCGUUGUCGACUGAAAAAGUCCAAGUGCGAUGGAAGCAGCCCUUGCUCACGCUGUCGUGCCGAUAAUGCCAUCUGCGUGUUUGGUGAACGAAAGAAGGCCCAUGAUAAGGUGUAUCCUAAAGGAUAUGUCGAAAUGCUCGAGCAACAACAAGCGUGGCUAGUUCAUGGUCUGCAAGAAUUAUACCGUCGCAGUACAGAAGGCGAAGGAUGGCCCGGCGAACGUCUCAAGACUGAAUCCAACGGCCACCCCCUCACUCACGACUUGUUAACCCGUCUCGGCGCCCUCGACCAUUCCAAGGGUGAACGAUUUGAAGAAAACCCAGAAGCUAUGCAACAAGAAUUAUGGCAAAACGGCAUGGCCCGCCAAGAAUCCACCGAUAGCUCUGCCGACAGCCCUCACAGCCCAAUCGCGCGAACUCGCUUCUCCUCCGAUGCUUUCUCUUCACAUUCCCAACAACAGCAUACCAUGCCACCCACGCCCCCGACAUAUAGUCCCAUCCGCCAAAAUGCUGCGCCGAUGCACCAACCGGUUAAGAUGGAGCCCACCAUGAAUGUCGCGCCCACCACGCAAGCGCAGUUCGCCAUGUCGAUGCAGGGUGUUGUAAAUCCACUCGCUCUGCAGGGGGCGCCACAAUGGCCCGUCAACAAUAACCCCGGCUUUAUCUCCUUUGACGAUAUAGACUUGAUGGGAUCGACCGAUUACACUGGGUUCAAUUACGACGAGCCCGUGCCCUCACCCAUGUACCAUCGACAAAUGGCCAUGAACUGCAUGCCGACGGAUUACGAUGACUUCAAAGAGUUUUUGAACCCCAACGCCACGGAAAUCACAUCGAUUUGA